AGCCACCCUGAGCCAGUGGAUGAGAAUGUGGUGGAUGCUGCAGCCCAGACCCCCACGCGGAUGGAUCCCCGCUGUAAAACGGUGGAUGUGGAGAAGGACCUGGUGGACUGGCAGAAGCCCUUGCUGUGGCAGGGGGGCUUGGGGGAGAAGUACGAUGAGUGGGUGCACCAGCCUGUGGAUCGGCCCAUCCGCCUCUUCCACUCGGAUUUCCUCGAGCGCCUCUCCAAGACAGCGUGGUAUGUGGUGUUCAUGGUGUGGGCCCCCGUGGUGCUCUAUCUCAGCUGGGUCAGCUACACCUCCCUCGCCCAGGGCAACACCAGGCUCUUCUCCUCCUUCACCACAGAGUACUCCAUCCCCGUCCACAAAUACUACUUCCCCUUCAUCUUCCUCCUGGGGAUGUUCCUGUGGUCCCUGCUAGAGUACCUCAUCCAUCGCUUUGUCUUCCACAUGAAGCCACCCGCUAGUAACUACUAUCUCAUCACCCUGCAUUUCUUGCUGCAUGGGCAGCAUCACAAGUCUCCCUUUGACAGCUCCCGCCUGGUCUUCCCUCCCGUGCCGGCCUCCCUGGUGAUCGGCUUCUUCUACGGCGUCCUGCGGCUCCUGCUGCCUGAGGUGCUGGGGCUCUCUGUGUUCGUCGGGGGGCUCUGUGGCUACGUCAUCUACGACAUGAUGCACUAUUACCUCCACUAUGGCUCACCGAAAAAAGGCACCUACCUGUACGGGCUGAAGGCUUAUCAUGUCAAGCACCACUUUGAACACCAAAAAUCAGGUUUUGGCAUCAGCACCCGCUUCUGGGAUUACCCCUUCCGGACGCUCAUCCCCGAGGAGACCUUUGAGAAAGAGGACUAA